AGUUUGGCAAAGGGCGCUGGGGAAGAGGAAUGUCCGUGUCGUCGUCGAACUCUUCGACUACAACGCGUUGUGGGCGCUCAUCCCGACCCGUCUUUCCGCCGAAUCAUUUAUUCUCACUCUUUAACGUCCACGAUCGACGACAAGACUUUAUGAGGUCGUUGUCGACCACAAUAUUCAUUUACGUGUUUACCCUCUGGUUACUAUUUACCUCAUGCGUGUCAGGACAGCAAGAACAGCAUCCACAAACUGGAGGUGUUCAUAACGAUACCACACAGCUGGUCUGUGUCCCUUUCGGCACAUGUGAACCCUGUCCGGAAGAUGCGCUUCACGAACCUUUCUGCCAACCAUUCGGCAAUCGAAGAUUAAUGCAUUGCUAUCCAGCAUCUUCACCACCCCCAGACUCACAUUCACAUCCUUCAAAUAUCAGCCAUGAACCAGGUUCCUCCCAUCAAGGUGAAACACCAGGUUGGGAAUCUUGUGGACGAAUAGUAGAAAAGGAACGUGCCGAUUUCUACGAAUUCUUCGCUUGCAAUCUCGUCAUUGCCGCUAUUGCGGUCUUUGUCGUUUUUGCAAGGUCAAGAAGACUGCAAGCAAUGCAGGCGAGACAGUUGGCUGCUAGGAUUGGUUUGACGAGGGGGACACCAGGGGGUUGGGUUAAUGGAUGACACGUUAGGGUCAUGGUUACUUUUCUCUACUGUAUUAUAUGCAUGCUAUAAUGAUACUGUCUGUUUCGCCCAACCGCACGGCAAGUCUUCAUAUUGAGAUGGGUUCAAUGCCGUGGCGGGUAGACCUACGUUGCAUCUGCAUCGGACAUAUUGUUGUGCAUUGACAGUAACAUUUUCCUAUAGUUUUGAAGACAGUCAUCAUUCUUAAUCCAGCAACGAAUCAACGGCAAUAUUCAGU